AUGGGUAAAACUGCCAUUGUUUUCGGCGCCAACGGCAUUAGCGGUACCGCACUUAUCGAAAGAUUAACAAGUGCGUCCAAAGAAGAGUGGAGUCAGAUUGUGGCCGUGUCUCGUCGUCCUCCACAAAUCGAUCAUGAGGACCAGCGUGUGCGAUUUGUGUCGUGCGACCUUUUGAACGGCACCAUUCCUGAAAUGGCAAAAUCGCUCGUCGAAGCGGGCGCGGGCAAUGCUCAACAUGCCUUUUUCUAUGCUUACAUCAUGAAGCAAGAUCCAAAGGAAGAAUCCAAAAUAAACACGGAAUUGCUGCAUCGAGCAUUGCAGCUGUGCGAAAACGCUUGCCCUGGUUUGCAAACAUUCAUGUUACAAACCGGUAUGAAGGGUCCACCCGCCAUGUCUUCGCUUCCUUUCCGCGAAGAUGCUCCUCGUCCCGAAGGCGAGAACUUUUACUACCCUCAAGAAGACUUGGUCAAGCAAUUUUCCAAGGAACACAACUGGCGAUGGAUUAUCACUCGCCCCAAUAUCAUUGCCGGCGUCAGCCGAGGCAAUUACAUGAAUAUGGCCGUGUCGCUGGGUAUUUAUGCUGUGUUGCAAAAGGAACUGGGUCGCGAAUUCAAGUUCCCAGGCAACAAGUUCGCGUGGCAAAACAUUGUUGACCAGUCCGCCGCUGUCAAUAAUGCCGAUUUCCAGAUUUGGGCAAGCACUAAUCCUAAAGCCGCCGAUAACAUUUUCAACAUCACCAAUGGUGAUAAAAUCACUAUCUCCGAAUUAUGGCACAAGAUUGCAGACUAUUUCGGUUUAAAGGUGCCCAAGGACGAAGACCAGUUCAAGAAGUGUGACAAAAAGGAAGGCCGAUGCGCCGAAUUCAGUCUCAAGGACUACAUGUAUGAAAACGAGGAUAACUGGAAGAAGCUGGCUCAAAAGUACAAUCUCGAUCCCAAAGCUAUUGAAUACUGUACCUGGGACUUUGUUGAUCAAACAUUUGAGCGCACUUGGCCUGAUGAUUCGACCAUCGAAAAGGCCCGUUCCUUGGGUUGGGACAAGAAGCUGGACAGCGCCAAGGAGUUUUACAAUGCCUUUGACAAGAUGAAGCAGUUGAAUAUGCUUCCUAGCAAUUAA